AUGCGCUUGUCCGUCUCUCUUCUCUUUGUGGCGGUCCUCGCACUGGCAGGUAGCGUCUGCGCUGGUGACGACUUCUGGAGAGGUGUCGCAGAAUUGGCAAACCUCGCUGACAAUGACGAACGAGUCAUGCACUUCCGGACUACUGGCGAGCUUGCUCCAGACGUAGGGAAGCAGGCAGGGCAGAGUGGAGCUCGAGAAGCCGGUCCUCGCUUCCAGCCCGCGGCGCCCUCAAUCGCUACGUCUGGCUUCUCUCACCCGGGCUCCGUCCUCGCUGCGGAACCGUUCGAGAGCAGUUCAGCUCACCUCGAAGGGCCUGGCUCGUCGCUUCGAAUCCCGGAGAGCUUUGCUCUUUUGCGUGAAGCUCACGCUCCUCCACGCCUGUCCCUCGAGGAUCGCCAAUCGAUCUUAUCGCGCGUUGCUACUCAUGUCGGCCGCUUAUCAAAGGUACUUGAGCUAGGGACCUUCCGUCCGUACCAGGGAACCGAUGAAAAGCUUCCGUGGGCGCUGAUCGAAGAGACCUUCAGCAACACGAGAGCUCGCUUCCGCAAGGCCGAGCCCGGUAUCUAUGUAAUUCCGGAAAAAUAUAACCCUGCACGACCCUAUAUCACUGUAGGAGAAGGGGGAUCCAGGAUGUUGAUGCAACGCCCAGCGCUAUGGCAGCUGUUCGUUUGGCGCACUUUCGAGAAGGAGGGCAGCCCCGGCACUUACUUUCAAUACAUCGGCGUGAUUGAUCGAAGUGCUACCCCCUCGAGUCCCGCUAGAAAGCUCCCAGGCUUCAACAUCGGUCGCGUGAUCAUGGACAGAGGCCAGGACUGGGUCUACGUCCCGUACAAGGUCGCACCUCAAUAG